CGACUCUUACCGAGCAUCGCCGACCGCAGCGGCAGAGAUGUCAGGAACAGUGACCGUCUUCGUCAAGUCGCCCGACACGCGCUCGGAGCGCCGCUUCGAUCUGCACCUCACCGUCGGGCAGCUAAAGGGCAAGCUUGAGCUUGUUACUGGUAUACCAGUAUCCAACCAAGCUAUCUCGGUCUUGAAUUCCGAGGCGGACGCGCAGGUUGUGGGGACAUUGGACGAUGAGAGCAAGCCACUCGGGUUCUAUGGUCUGAGGGAUCAUCAAGUACUGAAUGUGGUGGAUACUGACCCAGCUACGUCGCUAACGGGGCAGUUGAACGAUGUUUCGCAAGUGCAGAAAUUUGAGCUGAGCGAGAGCGAGUACCAGAAGCGGCAAGACAGUGUCCUCGCGUACAAGCAACAGCACAAACUCGGUCGCUUCGCUGACAAGAAGGAGGAUGAAAGUACCCAUCAGCCGGCCCCCGAAGUGAACAUCCCCAUCGGAGCUCGCUGUGAAGUCGAGUCUUCUGAGCCAGGGCUGCACAAGAGGGGCACCGUGCGGUUCGUCGGGCCUACCAAGUUCGCCAGCACGGGUAUAUGGGUCGGUAUCGAGUACGACGAGCCGUUUGGCAAGAAUGAUGGAUCCGUGCAAGGCGAACGGUACUUCACUUGCCGGCCCAAUUACGGUGUAUUCGUGCGCCCCGAGAAAGUCAGAGUCGGGGACUUCCCUGUGGAGGACAUCAAUAUGGAAGAUGAGGAAAUAUGAAUACCUGAGUGGAAAAGACGAUAGGGUAUUUGCAGUUUGUCGUUUGAUUGGCUGAAAUUGAAGCGACCUUUGUGCUUGUAUUGGGAAGUUGUGGUGUCGCGUAUGGCCUUCUAAAUGUCCCAAAUCUUUGUUGAGCCGGCGUGCUUUGCGAAGGUGUGGGUAUAUUU